GCAUCAAGCCCUGCUUAGAACGAGAGUACUCUGUUGCCUCACUACUUUUCCUUCCUCAAAUUCUUCACCCUCUCCUCUACUUCUCGCAUCGGAUUCUCUCUCUCUCUGUACAAUGUCUUUUUUCCCAUUCGAGUUUCAUUUCUUCCCUCCUUUCCCCUUUUUCCCGAGAAAAUUCACUUUCUUCGCUCACUUUUUCAACCCAACUUUCUCAUCUUAGGAUAAUUCUCAGUGUUGAACUCAUUUUCGAAUUCGGUCUUUUCUCCCCCAUUUUGCUCAAUUUCUCUGUUUUUAAUUUAAAUUUUAAAUUUUGUUGUUGAGAAGCUUGGAGUUUGACUGAAUGAUGUCUGUAUUGUAUACGAAGAUUCAAAGUUAGGGUUUCCUUGAGCUUUUCCAAAAAUGGCGCCGUGGGGUGGACUCACCUGCUGUUUGGGCGCAGCCGCUCUCUAUCUUCUUGGCAGGAGCAGUGGAAGGGAUGCUCAAAUUCUCAAAUCUGUUACUCGAGUUAACCAAUUGAAAGAUUUGGCACAGUUACUAGAUACAGCAAGCAAAGUACUACCUUUGGUUGUUACCAUUACUGGAAGAGUUGGUUCAAAUACACCGAUCAACUGUGAGCAUAGUGGUUUACGAGGUGUAAUAGUGGAGGAAAUGGCGGAGCAGCACUUUCUAAAACACAAUGAUGCGGGUUCAUGGAUACAGGAUUCUGCUUUGAUGCUAUCCAUGUGUAAAGAGGUUCCCUGGUACCUGGAUGAUGGGACUGCUCAUGUAUAUGUAGUAGGAGCCCGAGGUGCCACAGGCUUGGUCUUAACAAUUGGAAGUGAACUGUUUGAGGAAUCAGGGCGGUCUCUUGUACGUGGAACAUUAGACUAUCUCCAAGGUCUCAAGAUGCUUGGAGUCAAAAGAACUGAACGGGUUCUUCCAACUGGUACACCCUUGACUGUUGUUGGUGAGGCUGUCAAAGAUGACAUUGGAACAAUUCGAAUUCAACGACCUCAUAAAGGACCAUUUUAUGUUUCUCACAAAACCAUUGACCAGCUCAUUGCAAAUCUUGGAAAGUGGGCAAGGUGGUACAAAGUUGCCUCGGUGGGGUUUACUGUGUUUGGUGUAUAUCUGCUGGCUAAGCAUGCAUUCCAUUAUAUCAUGGAAAGAAGGCGUUAUUGGGAAAUGCGAAAGAGGGUUCUAGCUGCUGCAGCUAAAAGACCAGGUCAAGAUAGUGAAGGUUCAGAUGAUAAAGGUGAAAAUGGGUCAGAUAGUACUAAAAAAGACCGAUUUAUGCCAGAUCUAUGUGUGAUAUGCUUGGAGCAGGAGUAUAAUUCUGUUUUUGUCCCAUGUGGUCAUAUGUGCUGUUGUACAGCAUGCUCUUUGCACCUAACAAACUGUCCACUUUGUCGGCGACGGAUUGAGCAGUUGGUGAGGACUUUUCGGCAUUGAUGCCGUGAUCUUCCUGAUGUUUCUAGGCAUAAGAGUGAAGGGCCUCGCCUCUUAUUUCAUCUUGGCUAUGGAACUCCAUUCUGUGGUAUUCCUUGCAGGGCAAUAUCUUCUCGUGUAAUAUUGCCAGUACAGAAGCUGACUUGGAUUAGUUCUUGAUAAAGCUCCGUUAAGAAAUUUCUUCCAAAAUUGUACAUAAAUAAAAACUAAACAUUUGUAAAUUGAUGUUAUUUAUAGAAUAUUCCAGAGCAUUUUUUCCCCUCCUGUUU